AUGUCCCUUUAUUUAAUCUAUCUUGUCUGCCUUAGGGAUGAAGCAGAUCCUUCCAACGACUGGGUCAGUUCUGAGGCAGGUAAACAAUUCAGUCAGGCAAUCGACCUCCGAUUGACGGUGGGCGAGGCUCUUGCCUGCCUUGUUUAUCGUGCACCGGAUCAGAUGAAGAAAAUAGCCAGUCUUGGUGGAGUCCGUUAUGCCAUUUACGCUGAUCUACUAUUUCUCGGAAUAGCUUGGGCAGAAGAGUCCAAAAGUGGCGCAGGUGAGAGAAUCAUAGUUAUGAAAGUUAGUGGAAUGGUGGUAUACAAUCAGAUUUGGGUGGCUUGA